AUGACCUCUUCCCUACGAAAUUCGAUCCACAGGCGCAACCACAAGGAAAGGUCCCAGCUAGCCCACCGCUCAAAGCUGGGAUUUCUCGAAAAGCACAAGGACUAUGUCAAGCGUGCAAGGGACUACCACUCGAAGCAGGACAGGCUCACAAGACUGCGCCAGAAGGCUUCAGAGAGAAACAAGGAUGAAUUCUACUUUUCCAUGAACAAGGAGAAGACGCGGGGGGGCGUUCACAUCAAAGAACGGGGAAAUGUAGCUUUGCCUACAGAUAUGGUCAAAGUACUCAAAACUCAGGACGAGAACUACGUCCGUACCGCACGUGCGGCUGGGCUAAAAAAAAUAGACAAGAUUAAAGGGCAAUUGACUGCAAUGGUCGAUCUAUUAAAGCCAAGCCCUAAUCAAGACGACACAGCUGCCGACGAUGAACUUGACGCUGUCGAACUGGAUACACUACGCGACGCGGGACUGAUUCAACCCAGCACCUCUAAGCGGAAGAAAUCUACAAAACAUAUUGUAUUCGUCGAUAACGAGGCCGACGCUCGUAAAUUGCUUAGCAGCGGAAAACAACAACCCUCGCCGUCAACUUCGAAGGUCGUAUCGGAGCCAAGCACACAUAUUGAUCUAGGGUGGAAGGCACCCGCAGUCAAAUCAAAAAAGCGUCGGCAUUCACAGCCUCAACCCGCUGAUGCCCAGGCGUUCAAGGACGAAGCCGAUGAGGAACCAACUGAAUCAACGUCAGCUCGCAAGAAACUCCUUCUGGAACUCCGUGCCCGACUACACCGAGACAAAAUGCUGCGGUAUACGCAACGAGAGUUUGAAAUGCAACGACUGAUGAUGGGCAAAGGGGCGCGGCAAAAAAUACAGGGGACGGAGAAGGUUGAGGAGGCUAACAGCGACGAGGAGGAUGACCCACGGAGUAGGAAAGGAGGCAGAAAGGUCGUAGACGAGCAAGCGUACAAACCUAGGGUGUACAAAUGGCGGAGAGAGCGGAAACGAUAA